CUUUUGAAUUUAUGUAAACUUUUUCUUGUCAUAGACUUGUUGCUUCUUCAGGAUAUUCUAAUCUUCACUAGUGUUUAUAUUUGAUUAUUUGGACUAUGAACUUUUAGCUCAUAAUUUUUACAUUUAUAUUUUAUAAACGUAAUAUUUUACUAAUUAUGUCACUGCCGCAAAGGAGAGCGGUUUUGAACCUUUACAAAACGAUGCUAUAUAUGGGACGGGAUUGGCCUCAAGGUUACGAUUUCUUUAGACACCGACUUCAUAAAGUAUUUAUUAAAAAUAGUGAAGAGACAGAUCCUGAGAAGAUAAGAAUUAUGAUAAAACGUGGUGAAUUUGUUAUUAAGGAAAUAGAAGCCCUUUACAAGUUAAAAAAGUAUAGAGCUAUGAAAAGAAGGUAUUAUGAUGAGUCUUAAAAGUGUAUAUUUAACUUUUUGUGUUUACUUUUAUAUUAGUGUAAGCUUAUAAUAUUAGCAAUAGCAACUCUUAAAUAAAACAUGUUGAAUAGAGUACAAUCAUAUUUUUGUCGAUUAUUAUACAUAGGUAUUAUAUGAAACUAUUUAUACCUGUGCCCAUUAUUGAGGUUUUGUUGUUAUAUACUUGUGUAGUGAUACUGCUAAUAUUAAUAUGUAAUAGUUUUUUAAGUUUAGUCUUUAGAUAUGCAUGUAAUUAUUUUUUUAAUACUAUUUUUGACACAAAUGAUCAUCAAUGAAGUCUUAGUUAAUAAUUAGUAUAUUUAAAAAAAAAAUUUAAAAUGUAGCAAUGAAACUGCAUAGUCUAUGUAAUUAUGUAUUAUAGACAUUCUUCAUAGUUUACAUAAUUCAUUACAAUAAAAUCUAAGAAAAAAAUUAUAUGUGAAAAUAAAACAAUCUAUAUUAUCUAAAAUAAAUGUUAACAUAAAAUUAAUAAUAUAAUGGUUUUUAUUUCAAGUGGCAAGUGAUAUGACAAUUAUUUUACUUUAUCAAUCAGAAAUAUAUACAUGAUUAAAUCUACAAUAACAACAUUGUAAACAUAAAAAAUAAAUAUGCUAUACUUUUUAGUCAUGUGCAAGAAGUAAGUAGUAAUGGAGAUACAGAUACACCCUGCAUUCAUUUAGUGUAUACUUCACUAAAACAAAGUAUUGAUUACAUUAUACAUUUUCUAAAUUCAGCAAAAUUUUAUUUCGUUUAAGUUUAUAACAAACAGUAAUCAAUACAACAGCUCAACACAUCAUUACCAACAUCCAUUUUACAUUUAUUCAUUGUGAGACUGCCAAGAAUGUCACACCCAAUAGACUACUCAAAGACAACUCAAACUCGAAUUAGGAAUCAACACACAUUUAAAUAUAUAGUACUCCCAUAUACUACUUUUAUCAUCUACACCUAGUAUUCCAUAUUUAAGUUUGAGUUGUAUUUGAAUUUUUUAAGAAAAUUUAUACAGAAGUCUGGCAGUUUCUGCAUUAUUUGACAAUAUUAAAAAUU